UUUCUGGUCUUCCGUCACGAUUUAUUAUGUUUUCCAACUGCCCUUCCGGACUUACCCGAAUAUUUCCGGAUUUCUACGAACAAAACCGACUAUGCAAAUUACCACCGCCGAGGGAUUUUGUGUAGCUUCACUAGAGACGUCGAGCUUCCACCUUGCACUGCUACGAAAUUCGGUCUUGGGAGCUUUCUAGAUCGUCACGGGAUGGGACUGAUGGAUGUCUCCAGGGGCUAUUAGGGCUGAGUGAUUCAUCUCUACAAGAUGUGGCAUAGAUCCAGGCUCUACACUCUGUUCUCCGCAUCCACACAGUUGUAGCUAUGGGUGCUAAUGCAUCGACUGGGGGUCCCGGCGAGAAGAUCCCCAACCCACAGUACAGGACAUCGGCGUUACUCCACAGGUACUCGUCUGUUGACACACCGUUGGACCCAGAUGUGGGACACGGAAUUCCGCACACGCUGGCCGCGUCCCGGCAUCACUCCGACAAGAAGAAGAAGUCCUCGGCCUUCGCUACUGUCCGUAAGAAGCUUACGCGGAGGAAAAAGGGUAGCAAGUCGGCAGACCAUGCGAAGGCUAUCCGUGAGUUGACCUGUAACUGGGAUGCGAGGGAUAUCAAUGCUCUUGUGGAGGAAUAUGAGGCAGGGGCUGCACUGAAAGAGCUCAGCAUCCAAGCUGACCUGGCACGGCCACCUUCCUCCCUCCUACAACAGGACCUAUCAGACUUGUACGACUACAAGUACUGCACGGACGUAGACUUGAUAUUUCAGGACGCGUGCUUCCCCGUACACAGAGCGAUCCUGGCCGCACGCUGCCCGUUCUUCAGAGACCUUCUCUGUCGGGCGCCCGGCUACGGCCAGGAAGUCCUGGUCGACAUUAAAACUGCAGGAAUGGACAUUCCAAUGUUCUCAGCUUUACUGAGAUAUCUGUACACAGGAGAGUUUGACACAGAAGGAUCGAGACUGGAAAAUUUGGACGUUCUUGUGCAUCUUGGCGAUGAAUUCGGUAUCCCAAAUGCUUUGGAACAAGACUUCAAAAUCCUCCUGGAGACGGGAGAUUACUAUGAUGCUAUGUUAGUGUUUUCGUCAGAGGCGGGGCCGCCCGACCCCAAUGUAACAGAAGCGUGCGGUAAUGACUAUUACUUCGAGGACGAGUUGCGUUGUCACAAAGCAAUCCUGUCAGCUCGCUCCCCUUUCUUCAGAAAUAUGCUGCAAAAGCGAGUGCGUACAGGGGAGGAGAUGACAGACAGAACGUUACAAACACCGACCAGGAUAGUCCUGGACGAGACCGUUAUACCGAGGAGAUACGCCCGCGUGCUGCUGCAAGCCAUAUAUCUGGAUACGGUGGACCUGUCGUUGAUCGUACGCGAGAGUCCGAGCACCACGAGUUUGAGCGAGGUUCAGGCGAUGGUGGCGGGGCGGGGAGAGCUGUCACAAGCAGAGGAAGCCAUGGAACUCUUCCAGAUAGCGCAGUUCUUGGAACUCAGUGUGCUGGCACAAGGCUGUGAAGAUAUUAUUGCUGAGAGCAUCACCGUGGACAUGCUGAUCCCCACCCUACAGUGGAGCAGACAGCCCCACGGGUCGGAGUGGGCCCACAGACAGGCUCUCCUGUACCUGAAGGAGGAGUUCUCCCAGGUAGCCUCCUCACCUGUGCUGUGUGAGCUCGGCAAAGACUACUUGGGAGAGGCCCUACAGUCGGACUACCUCCAGGCCAGUGAGCUGGAGGUGCUGAAGGCUGUGUUAAAGUGGGGGGAACACCAGCUGGUCCGGAGGAUGGAGGAGAGAGAGCCCAACCUUGUGAGCAACACUGCUCACAGUGUGAGUAAGAAGGGAGUGAAGAGGAGAGACCUGGACGAUGUGGAGCUGAGGGAGAUCCUGUCGGAGGUCCUGCCGUACGUCCGCGUGGACCACGUUCUCCCGGCCAGCCACGACGUUCUCUCCGGCGCCAUCAAGCGUGGCCUGGUCAGCAGCCCGCCGUCCCACAUGCUCGGGGGCGACACCGGGAAGGCCAACGCCUGGAUCCCCGGGAAGAGCAGCGGCAUGUACAUCAAACCCAGGUUAUUCCAGCCGUAUAUGGAUGAGGCUAAGGCGAUCCUGGAGGAACAUCUGGAUGCGGAGAUUGAGCUGGUGCGCCUGCGUAUGAUGCGGAUGUCGCACAUCCCCGACACUCUCUACAUGGUGGACGACAAGACCCCCUCCAGGGUCCGCCACAGACCCAGUGCCAAACCUCCAGCCUUCAUCGCAGGGGAAGUACCAGUUCCUGAUGUGGACAAGGUGCGAGCGAUGUUGGGAAGGGAGAAGGAGCUCCGCCGCAUCCCGCUAGCGCAGCGGGCAUACGGCAUCUGUCCCGACCGGGGCCUGGUCACGUACCAGAUCCACCUGCGGGUGGUGCGUGAGUGGGGCCUGCCGGACGCAGCCGUAGAACUGCUGCAGUACCCCGGGGAUUACUACCUCGAGCUGCUAGACGACAUUCCAGGUGCGGGCGCGACUGCAGCCGUGGCGCUGGCGGUCCCGCCCAUGUCAGCACCUGCCAGACACCUGGAUGAGACCAGGUUCUCCUUCACCCCGUCCCCGAGACCCCUGGCACCCAGACCUGCGCCUGUGCAACACGUCGAUCCACUCGAUGUGACUGAAUGUACUCGGCGGGGUGUGAUGCCUGACAUCGCUGUUCCAGCCACUUCUGCCACCCCCUCCGUGGGCCGUCAGAUGCAGCGGAGCCCCGAGCUGGGGGACCGGGGCGGGGCCGCCUUCAGCAGGUCCUUCUCUUACAGCUGAGGAAACACCUGCACACAGCUGUUUGUCAGCAGGUGCUCGUCUGACAGGUGUAGAACUGUUUGUAAGCAGGUGCUAGUCUGUACAGCUGCAGAACUUUUGGUAUGCAGGUGCUAGUCUGUACAGCUGCACAGGUGUUUGAAAGCAGGUGCUUGUCUGUACAGCUGUAGAACUGUUUGUGAGCAGAUGACAGACAGUACAGCUGCACACUUGUUUGAAAGCAGGUGAUAGUCUGUACAGCUGCACAGCUGUUUGUUUGGCCUAGGAAGAUUAAUGUUGUGUUCCCAAUUACGCGGUUGAAAAAGAUUCGGGUUGGCAGGUAGGGACUCUCUUUUUUAGAUUUUGUGUGAACAUAUUACUGUUAAUCUGAAACUGAAAUGCAUCACGACAAUAACAUUUUUAACAUCAGUACGCAGAUGUACAUUGUGUAAGCAUAAUUUUCUAUUGCGACUGAAAUUAUGAGGAGAACAUGUUGAAAAAUGAUCCUGCAAUGUUUUCAUCAUUCAUAUGUCAGAUUGAAAAUUUCCAACAGUUGGCAGUCAGAAAAGGGCCAUGUGUUGGCAGAUUUUUCCUAAUGUCAAUUGGCUACAUGGAAACACAACAUGUUUUUCCUAUGCCCAAGCAGGUGCUAGGCUGUACAGCUGGGCUUGUGACUGCCGGUCCAUACUGGACCUAAGACGCUAAAGGGCCAUUCCACUUUAAAAAGUGGAUGGAAAGGAGGGGGUGCUGCUCCCCCCUAAAGCUUUUAAAAUGAACUUGCCCCGAUCUUCCUUCAAUUAUGUAAAUGUAAGUAUAAAGAAUGUGUUCUAAACACUUUUAUAUCAUUUCCUAUCAAUCCUUUUGUGAAGAAAAUGCCACAGCAGUGUCAUAUGAUAUAUAUAUGUGUAUAUGUAUGUGUGUAUACUUAUAUUAUAUAUAUAAUUCUGUUAGUGUAGGUAUAGUUAGGCUAGAUGGUGGAAGUUUAAGUAAUUUUUGAUAAAAAUUUAAGAAUCCUUCCACAUUACAGAUGUAUUUGGACAGCAUUUAUGGACUGUUGUCUAAUUGACAUGAAGCGCCAUAUAGAUAUUUCUCUACAGUAUUCAUGUCCUUACAGACAAUGGAGUCGAAUCUUACCAAGCGAUGGACUGUGUUUAGCUGCAUUAGAUGGAAUACUUGUGUUUUGCUGUGUACACAACGUGCCACUGUUUACUUCAUGCUAAAGAUGUCACCAGCCUUUUUCUAUCACUGUGCCAAUGACAAAGACAGCUGCUUGUUUUGGAUAUAGCAAAUGUCUUAAAAACAUCACAGCAUGCUAGAACAUGAGUAAUUUUUUAUUUGACAAAAAAAAGCUCUGCUUGUAGAAAGAAAUUGGGUGGUUAGGGUAGAAAAGGGAGUGGAUAAGUGGACAUUUUGUAAAAUUUGUACUUUUCAGAUGGACUUCUUUGUGUCUCUUUUCCAUGAAAUUGUUUUGUACAUAAUAUGUAGACAUUGAAUAUGUAUAUGCAAGGACAGAAGUUUAAAAUGAUAGAUAUGAAUCCCCCCUCCCCCAGCAUUACAUUUGUAUUUGUAUUGUAAAGAUACAAAGGAGGAUCUUCUUGAUUUCCUGCAUUUUGAUAGCUUACAAUUUUUCUUUUCUUGGAAAGGAUGCAAAAAACUUUGUUACAAAAAGCUUGUGCUUUUAUAGUCGGAAUAGAAUGAAUUUGCUGUAACACAGUUGUGAAUUGCCAAUUAUUGAAAAUCUUAUGCCUGCACAUAUUUUGCUCCUUGAUUUUUUUAAUGACAUGAUGAUUAAAAAUGACAACAUACAAAAGGAGAAGACAAUGAUAGAUGAGCUAUUGUACUACUGGUAUGAUAGCUCAAUCACAUCUGAUACCAUAGAUUCUCCACAAUUUUAUGAUUUUUGUCGACCUGACAUAUUGUAUUGCUGGGCUUCCAUAGAAGAAGAUUUGACUUUUUCAUGCACUGUAGAUAAUAAAUGAAGAAAUUGUGUACAUGUAUCAUAAAGUUUAUGUGUAAAGAACUGCUAAGCUAUAAUCUAUUUUCAUUAUGAAGUUUCUCCUUAGUGUAUGUUAUGGUCUAUUUGCAUAUGUUGACUAGUUUUUGUGCGCUAGGCUGUGACUUUCUGGGCAAACCGAACUGAACUUAAGGAUUGAAAAGAUUCUCUAUGUUCAAGCUGAUUGGUAUUGUUAAGUACAAUAACUUGUCAUGUUCUCCUUUUGUCCUAAAAAUGUAUAAAUGAUUGUAAUUGCAUCAUAUGUUCAUUGUAGAGAUUUCAUUAUAUGUUAGAUUAUUUACUUCAAGACAAUCAUAGAUAUGUUUUCACCAUUAGACAUUAUAGAAUAAAGCAUUUGUCAUGGCCACAGAAAUAGAUUGUAGACUAGAAUGAUAGAUCCUACAUAAGUCUUCCAUAUUGCUUUUUAUCACAUUUUUGUAUGUAUCAUACAAUCCAAUCUAUUUUACUAUACAGAUGAUUGUCUGCAUAAAGUUAAGUUUCAGACUAGAGGCAUGGAACUAUGGAAAUGUGUUUAAUGAAGUAACAGCCUCAGAUCCAAAACCUGGAAAAGUGCAUGUUGAGCAUUAAUGCAAAAGAAGGAUAAAAUCAUGAAACAUGGACUGUGAAAAUUUAUCAUCCCUUCAUUUUGAGUUGUGACCACAUUUUGCCAUGUUCUAUGUCAUAGAUGAUGUAUAUGUAGCUACUGUUGUAUGUUUAUCAUCAUACAACUGUAAUAUUCCUUAACCCAUUAUGCAACUAAGGAUUCACAAAGGAUCAUCAAAAAAGGCCUCAUCUUUCCAAUUUUCUUUGCCCUUUAAUAGCUAAGACAAAUUUUUGAGAUGUAAUUUUUUUCUACUGAUCAAAUUACAAACAUGAUUUCUGUGUCUAUAUCAACAGAUUAUAUUGAUUUGAAAGUAUUUGUGGAUGGAUGAAUCUCCCUUGAACUGUACCCUGUGUGAAACAAACCUCAAUGAUAUACUAUUGGGCUAGCCCCUGAGGUGUCGCCAAAAUUAGAUGUUUGCUGUGCCCAUGUGUUCUGUGACAAUGUGUGUACUUGGGUCAUGUAGAAUGUCCAGUGUAGCCCCUGCAAAUUAUUUACGAAGCUGUCUGAUCUCUACACACCAAUGGAAUUAAACUGUAGAGUGUAUUAUGGUCUUCUGAACGGAAAACGUAAGAUGUGUACAGCUUGUUUUAUCACUUAGAUAUGAGCGUUAUUUUCCUAGUCCUUCACUGUACAGAGAUGUCCAUAGUAAAGCUUUGUGUGGCCUAGUGGUACUAUGGUGUACAUUCGGCUUGGCAAUAAAGCUUCCCUUUUUACACAAGUUUAA